AUGCUCAGCCACUUCGUGCAGUAUGUGUUGCACACAAGAGGUCUAUCUUCUCAGGUCUCCAGAUGUGUGCCUCUACAUGUAUCUUGGACAAUUGCGGCCUGGAACCAGCACAGGAAGUCAAGCUACUUCCAAAAAGACUGUGUAUGGGUUUCCACGCUGCAAAGACUGGGAUAUGCCACAAACGACAUAAUGGAUGCAGUGGCUGAUCUGAAAGUGCGUUAUUCGCCAUCCGAGCUUCAGCGGUGGGUCUCUGGCUACGAUGUUGUUGCCGUCCAAGAAGCCGAUCCACUCUUUCGCGAGGCACUGGGAGAGAUGGGUCAAGGCAUGGUCUGUGGCAGCAAUGAUUUUGAUGGUCGCGGAGUGGAAGUGGAAUCUUGUUCUGCGCUUAUCCUGCGAAAUGCGCGGUGCUUGCACAAAGAGAGCGCGUUGCUAAGCUUCAGAUCGUUCCGCGGCGCCACUGUGUCUCGGGAACAUUUGGUCGCGCAUUUGGAGCAUUCGACUGGUGAGCAGCUGGUUGUCUGCUCCGUGCAUCUGCACGUGCCUGCCAUGAUUCGGAAACGCCUCAACUAUGCAGACUACCUGUUGCCGCUGCGUCAUGCACUGGAGAACGUGGCGGGCCAGCAAACUCUAGAGAUACCAUGCUUACUGCUCGGCGAUUUCAAUCUAGAUCCAGCUGAUUUCCAUCAGCUCUCGAUCGACGACGCAUUCUGGAAGCAGCUCCUUGGCAUGCGGAUAACCCUUUCUGUCGCCAACGUUCUCCCGUGCUGCUGUAUGAUCUUCAGCAGUGCUACCUUCCACCUGGUUCCGUGUGACAAGUUCCGGCCCGUCGUUCCACAGGGUGGCACGACGGCCCACGCCUCCAAUCCCAGCGCACGGGGCGACUUUGCUUUGGUCACUGCUGGCCAGUGGCGAGGCAAGGCUCUGGGAAGCCCAAGCUUCAAAAGCUUCGAGCGCUAUGGGAGCCAGGUCUCGCAGGCCUUGAGCAAGCGAAUUCGCCUUAAAGAGGUGAUCCGGCGCUGUGAAGAGGCCAGAUGUGGUCUACAACGUGCAGAGAACUCGCUUUCCAACGCUGCGCGGGAUGCCUUCCUGCUGCAUGACACUGGGGAGCAGGCACCGCUGGUACAGCUUCGCCAAGCGCGGCUCGAGCUGAACCGCGCAGAACUCCGCCUCCGCCGCUCGCUUCGGCACAGCGCCAGCCCGAUGCGGCGGACGCUCUCGAACUCGGAUCACCGUCCAUUACACUUUGAAAGAGUGCUGGCCAAGGAGGCUUUGAAGCCGUGA